AUGGCGACCUCACAACCUCCAAUCCGACUCACCUCGCACAAAAACUUCGUUCAUCGCCUUGUUUUCUCUACAUUAACUGGCCGGACAGCCCAUAUCUCGCAAAUUCGCCCUUCCUCUCCUACGAACCCCGGUCUUGCACCGCAUGAAAUCUCAUUCCUUCGUCUUCUCGAGGCUGUUACAAAUGGCUCGCAAAUGGAAAUUUCGUACACUGGUACGAUCCUUGUCUACAAACCGGGUCUUAUUACUGGAAGUGGCACCGGUGGCACUGUGAUUCGACAUGAGAUUCCAGCUGGGUGUACUCGCGGCGUGAGCUAUUUUCUCAUCCCGCUAUGCCUCAUGGCACCGUUUUCCAAAGCUCCGAUAAAGGUUCUCUUCACCGGUCCCGGCGUGAUUACUUCCUCAACACCGACCGGCGACAUGUCUGUGGACAGCGUUCGGACCGCCAUUUUGCCGCUUUUCAAUCAGUUCGGUAUUUUCAACAACAUAGAAUUGCGUGUGCUCCGAAGAUCUAAUCCAGGCCCUAACGGGAGAGGAGGUGGUGGAGAAGUUCAAUUGGUUUUCGGCCACCAAGUUCGGCUACCUAAAACUCUGCAUUUGAUGAAUGCCGGUAGGAUAAAGAAGGUCCGCGGUGUGGCAUAUGCCGUUGGUGUUUCCGCCUCAAAUAAUUCGAGAAUGAUCGAUGUUACUCGUGGCAUCCUCAACCCACUUGUUCCUGAUACCUAUAUUUUCUCGGACGUCUCGUCUGCUCCGCUUAUUCCUACACCGGAAAGGAACAACCCGUCGGCAAAGAAAAAGAUUGGGCUCGGAUUUGGCUUAUCCCUGGUCGCAGAAUCUUCGACUGGCUGUUUGUUCUCCGCCGAUGUUGCAUCUCCCCCCAGUGGUGGUCAACCACCUGAGGAUAUUGGGAAGCAAUGCGCAUACCAGUUGCUUGAGGAGAUCUCGAAAGGCGGUUGUGUCGCCCCCGCAGCUUUCUCAACCAUGAUCGGAUUGAUGACCAUGGGCUCUGAGGAUGUUGGGCGUAUUCAGGUCGGUCGUGACAUUAUCGGGGACGAAAGCUCAAUUCAACUUGCCCGAGAUCUGUCGAAGUUCGGUGCCCCAGGCUGGGGGCUGCGAGAUGCUGGUGACGAUAGUAACGAUGUUAUAAUCAGUGUCGUUGGACGAGGUAUAGGUAACGUUGGACGGAAGGUCGCUUGA